GAAAAGUGGGGAACUAGAUGAAGAUAAAUAUUUAGUUUAUCAAAAUUUAAAGUGGCGCAAUCUUUUGGAAUACUCAAUACUAGAAUCGUGCAUAAAACAUCGCUGUCCGACCGAUUAUUUUCUCCUGUGUGACCAAAACAACUAUAUUUUAGAAAGGGAUGCGUGUAAUCGAUAAUUAAGCAUGGUGCCCACGUGUUUCUGGUCACAAAAAAUUAUGAUAACUAGGGCUAUAUACUCUCAAAUAAGGCUUCAAGCGCUUGCCUUAAUAAGUGAAUCGAAAAAGACUACACAAAAAUACACAUCUGCUGAACUGCAUUUAAUUCUCAUCUUUUUAGAGUAUAAUAUCGGCGAGCGACUUGAAUUUUUGCCAUUUAUAAAAAAGAUUCUAAGACGCGCAAGUGACAGUCUCAUUGUUUUGCAAAGGCAGUUGAUGAAAGAGGAUAUGAUUUUGGAAUGUCAGAAAAGAAGCUGUAAUUUGCAUAACUCAUGCGCUGAACCAAGCUCGAUAAUUAAUGAACGAAUUGCCAGAAUAAAUGUAUCUAUAGAAUCAUAUGACACUUUUUUCUCUUCGUUAAAAGAUUUUUGCCUUAAUAGUCUUUAUCCUGGAGCUGUGCAUUGUCGUAAGCACUCAGCACUGCAAAUAUUACUUUUGAUGCAAGAAUUUUUAAAACAUGACAUAAUUAGUGGGCUCUGGAACCAUUCUCGUGCUGACCGUCUCGUUCAGUGCUUAUUUGUAGACACGUAUGAGUCUAAUAAAGAAGUGGCAUUCAAAAUAAUUAAGUACAUUCAACCAAAAGUAAUGAAUCUUGACAAUAAAGGAACGGUUUGCGAGAUAAUCGACACAGCAUUGGAAUUAGCAAAUAACAUGAGACCAAUCGAUAGUAUUACUGCCUCUUUUAUGUUAAAAAUGGCUUGUUUGUCUCCAGUUAUAGAUCAUACUUUACGUAACUACAUUGAUCCUGAAGGAAAAUUCAACUCCGUUGCUGAAUCUACAUUGCUCAAAAUGAUGCUAAUAAUAAUAAAUCGAUUAAAGAAGCCUUUAGAACUGGCUAAGGAAAACAUUGUUUUGGCAUGCAGCAGACAUUCCUUGUAUGGAUACAUCUUUUGUGUACGAAGUCUGCUGAACAUACUUGAUCUAAGAGCAAUUCAAGAUAAGGAUCCAUGGCGAAAGAUGAUUACGGAAAUUGUUUACAUAUGUUUUGCAUUGAGUGGUAUUGUAUCUGAAGUCGUAAAUAAUUCAUCACCCGAGGGCCACUUGCCAAUGGAUCUCAAUAUUCAAAAUAACCAUUGUUUAAAUAAUGUUCAUACAUCAUUAGUUACUUCUCAAAUGGUACUUCUCUGCUCUUGGCGGACAAUCAAAGAAACUAGUCUUUUAUUUGGUUAUCUUACUUCGAAGUGUCCACUUUAUAUAAGUGAAUCCUAUCUCGGACUUCUUUCAGAAGACCAGGUAAUAACAAUUGGAGAGCAUUUUGUGACUUCGCUGUGUGAAACAAAACACAGAGGUGCCUUUGAACAAGCAUAUGUAGGAUUUGAACAGAUGUGCAAACAAUUGUGGCGUUCAAAAGAAGAAGGGCUACAACAGCUGCCUUUAGUUUGGUUGCAUUACUUAUUUUUAGAUAUUUCUGGAUUAAAAAAUGGAAAUUUCAAAUUGUGCUCCACAAGAAGAAGUGCUGGUGUGCCAUUCAUGGUUCAAGCAAUUGUAUCUUCUGCACUCCAGAAAAACGAUAAUUCCAAUAAUUCCGUCUUUCAUUCUGUAAUGGGCAUUUUAUUUGGAUUCUGCCAACUGAUGGACUCUGAGACGUUGUUUUAUGACAUACAAUGUAUAAUGUACAACAAGACAAUAUUUUGUCAAUUUAAAAGUGUAUGUGACAUCCCAUACAGCGGGUAUGAAAUGACUUCAAAAGAUAUGAAACAUGAUAGUAACUUAACGGAAAUCAAGACACAUACGUUGAACAUAUUGAGAGCUCUCUUUAAACAUUCUCUUCUUGGAGAUAUAGUCAAAGAAUACAUUUCUGAUGGUUUCAAAGUAGCGAUGAGAAGCUAUGAUGGAAAGUCUUGGGCCGAACGAAAUGCAGCUACUUUAUUAUUAGGCACAUUAAUAACUAGAACUUUUGGGGUUUUAAGGACAAAAGAUCAUAUCAACUUAACUGUGCAUAAUAAAAUGACAGGAAAAGCUUUCUUCGAAACACACACAGGAUUAUUGUCACUUAUGUUGGAUAAAUUAUAUAAUUUCAUAAAAGAAGAUAACGAAUUAAUUAAUUCUAAUAUACAACCAAUUUUGUUGAUUGCUUCACGUUUGUAUCCUGGCAAUGCUUCAGAGGAUAGGGCAGAGUUUAUUUGGGAGGUCGAGAAAUUUAUUGAAUUGAUAUCGAAGAGUGGGACCAAUCGAGUAUAUAAAACUCGUGAACUUGCUGCUAGAGCACUUGUAUCAUUGUCGACAGAAGAUAAUAUCUACGAAAUAUUUCAAAUCGUGAGAAAAAAUAUACUUAUUUCUCAUUCAAAUCCUAAUGCUCUUCAUGGAUAUAUUCUUCAGCUACAUGGAAUAGUAAACGUUUUACAUUUAACUAUUCCUAUGAUAUCGAAGAAAGUUAUCUAUAACUUUUUGCUAAAUACUACAUUUAGUACCCUUGGAACUUUGGAAAACAAAAAUAGGAAACCAGCAUGCUUCCCAGCUGCUACUUGUUGUAUUAAUAUUCUUUCUGAGAUUCUAGAAGAAAGUUCAAAUUGGUGUCAUUUUAACGAAGAAAUUUUAGUUAAUAUUCUAAACAGAAUUCAAAUGCACUUGGUAUAUUCUGAAAUAUUAAAGGAAAGACCGGGCAAAGACGUUUAUGAAUCUGAAGCCAUGAUGUUCAUAAUUUCUUCAAUGAUCAAUUCAUCAUAUCUUCAAAGAAUCUUUAUCAGAUCUUUAAAGAAUGAAGACAAAAACACAAAUUUUUGGCAAUCUGUUUUAGCUCACGUUAAUGUAAGCGUUCAAAGCAUGAGCUGGAAAAAUGUUUUUUCUAUUAUAGAGAAAACUAAAUACCGCGAAUUGUUUAAUCAAGCAAUAUUCACAGUACUCAGUACAAGGCUCGAUUCAAUUGAAAAUUCUCAAGUACAAGAUGCAUUAUAUGAUUUCCUAUACGCUUGCUUAUCAUACUUACAAAAAGUGAAUGGAGAGAAUGAUGCUUCUUCGAUGGAUAAUAAUGAUCAUUGUCCUUACAGUUAUCAUCAGGAUAAAUCAGAAAUAAUUCAUCAGUUUUGUACGUUAAUUGCAAAAAUGCUCAACGCCCACAUGCAAGAAAAAUAUUUCUAUGAGACUGGUUGUUUUAUAAAAUUGCUUUGCAAAAUGCAUGGCUGCUUAUCGAAAUGUUAUAAGAGCAAUCAUUUAAUGCCCAUGUGCAGAAGUGAUGUACAUAAACUUCUAAUGAAUAAUUCUUGGAUGUGUUCUUCAGAUUUGGAUUGUAGAGUAGAAAUCGCAAAGAAUUUAUCUGAUCUUUACAUAGAACCUGUUGACUUGGAGAAAAGUUGUUUGAUUUUGGAUUGGUGGACAACGCUUCUAAAUUUACUACUUGAUGAUAACUUUACCGUACGACAAAAUGCAUCUAAAGUAAUAUGUGACGUUCAAUGCAUAAAUAAUCUGGAAUGUCAGUUUGGUAUAAUGCGAAUUUUUUUUGAACAAUUUUUAAAUUCUGUUGGCAAGAAAAGUCCUGCUGUAGGACUUGCUGCUCUUAUUACAUGGAGUAUCACUUUGAUGGAAGAUAGAGAAUUAGAAAUGGAUGAUACAGAUGUUUUUAAUAGAUGCAGUAAUUAUGAGUGCUUCGAACCUCUGUGGAUAGCAAGAAAGUGCAGCAAAAUUGUCCAUACAAUAAUAAAACAAUAUUCUGCUGACGAAAUGAUUCCCAAAAUUGUGAGAUGUUGGUUAAGUUAUCGUUUAAAUGUGGAAUUAUCAAAUUUGACUACAUUUCGAGAACUUAUGACGAACUAUAAAAAUCAUAUUCCUAAUUUGAAAGGAAGACUGCGAGAUAUUUUGGAUCCCACCUACAACUCCAAAUUAGGACAACAAGCUUCUUACAAACAUCUGAAUAAAGAAUUUACAAAUGUGCUUUAAUAUAUUUUCAAAUGAGGAUAUAAAUCUUCUUCCUUAGAAAUUUGAUCGCAACUCCAAUUUAAUGCUAAUUUGUCUCAAUGUGUGUUGUAUUUUAUUUGAUUUAUUACAUGUUUUGUCCACAAUAGCAUAAUGUUCUAUUGUUAAUAUGCUAGUAAUUCCAGUUGCAAAGCUGGUCAAGUUUUAUAUGACAAACAUUUUUUAUAAAGCAAUAUUCUUUUGGUGAAACAUGUUUGAGCUCCUGAUAGAAGCUUUUUGUUGAUAAAUAUAAAUAAUUAUGGUGA